CAAACAAUUAAUCAUUACACAAUGUAAUAGUUUUUACAUUAUACAAAAAUAAAGAGUGCCCGUUAGGAAUGUUUGGGUCAACAUGCAACCUUUCAUGUCACUGCUCAGAAAAUUCAUCUGUAGUAUACCCACUGGUUAUAGAUGCCCUUCUGGGUGUCAAAACUACUGGAAAGGCUAUAGAUGUCAUCAAGAAAGACCGCACAUAACGCGUGCGCCCACGGUGUCCUCGAGAACAGUUCAUUCUGUCACCCUGGCCUGGGACAGUUGGUCCCCGGAGAGGUACCCUGGAGUAGGGAGUGUGAACAGUUAUAACAUCAGUGCAUGGAAAGAUGGCAGCAUCAGAAGUAGCAACAAGACCACGUCUGCGUCCACAACGUCGAUGACCAUUGGUCACCUAGCCGGAUACACUGAUUAUAAUUUCACUGUGACUAUAGUGGAUGAGGAAGGGCAUAAUGGACAGCAGAGCCCAAGUGUUACAAAACGAACAUGUGGAGUUCCAGAAUUGGUUCCGCCGCCCACUGUUGUUUCUGACGUAACAGGCCAGAAGACCACUGCUCAAAUAAACAUAACAACAAAGGAUAUGACUGAAGCGGUUCACAGAUGUGAUGGAUUCUCACAACUAAAACUGAGCUACGAAGGGGAGUAUGGGGAUAAUCAAACAGUAGAAAUGACAGAUGUGCCUGUAUCAAAAGAUUUCACCAUAGAUAAGCUUAUUCCCUACAGUAAUUAUACAAUCAACAUAUCGGCGGUGAACAAUCUGAACCUUGAAGGACCAAUGCUGAAGAUGUAUACCUUCACACCGGAAGGGGUCCCACCCAAAAUGACACCACCUGAAGAUGUAAAUCGAAGUCACAAUUCCAUUGAUUUGCGAUGGGAAGCACCACGACCUCCAGGAGGAAUCAUAAUAGAGUACAAUAUAUCUUACGGCAUGGGAGAGUACAACUGGGAGAAUUCACUGAAAUUAAACGCCAACACUUCUUGGGAAUCUGUAGGCAACCUUAAGUAUAACACGAAAUACUGGUUUCGGAUCCGUGCAAGUACCAAAACCGGCGACGGAGAAUAUAGUGACGCUCUUCAGGCUAGAACUGUAGAAGGAAAGCCAGGACCUCCAACUAAUUUUACCAACACAAGUAGAUCAGAUACAUAUUUGGAGUUUUCGUGGGACGAACCAGUUAUCAGGAAUGGAGAAAUGACGGGCUAUAAGAUUAAAUGUUCUGUUGAUGACAAGAACAUGCCAGAAGAAGUCACCAUGUCAGCAAGAAAAUACGAUGUUAGAAUUAAUAAGUUGAUGUCAGGAACGCGGUAUUUAUGUAGGUUAAUGGCCAAAACAUCAGCAGGGUAUGGGGAUUCUUCACAAGUUAUCACAUGGACAAAGCCAGCGGUCCCAAAUGAUAUUGAAGUGACCCCAGUAUCGCAAAGCAUAUUGCAAAGAACAAUAUCGAGUAUAACUGUCAAGUUGCCAGUCAAGCACUAUGGGGAAAUGUAUAAGUAUAGGAUUGUAGUGGAGAAAGAGAGUAAAGAGAAUGCUUCAGACCUAAACGACUCCAAAAUCCAUAGACUUGUUUCGUGCCAGUCUGUGACAGACACCGACCAGUUGCUGUGUGUGGCGGCUGAACUAGGUACUGAUGACCUUGGGAGGCCGUUUACUGUUGGAGAUAAUAAAACAUAUGGAGGGUAUUAUAACCGGCCACUGGAGGAAGGGAAAUCUUACAAUAUAUAUUUUGGUCCCGUACAAACAGUAGAUGGGAUCACGGCCCAAGCCUAUGCUGCUUUAGUGAAGGGUGUUAUACCACAGAAAGACGACAAAAAUCCAGACAUCGCUGGCGCUGUUGGAGGAGUUGUUGCAGCUGUAUUGGUGGUGGCAGGUUUGGCUAUAGCAGUCUGGGUAUACAUGAGAAGGCAGAGACUGGGAAGGCAAAAUCCAGAUAGUGCGCCUGAACCAAGAAUGUCACUUAUGGAGCUGGAGAAACGCGUUAAAGAUAACGAACCUUCAGAACGCCCGCUGUCGGAAAAUUCAUAUAUGGACAAUUUCCUAGAGCCUUUGUACGGCAACGUGGAACAGGGCACCGAUAUACCAGUAGGCGAAAUCUUCGCAAUAAUGAAGACUAAAAGUAGGGAUACAUUGAAAGCGGAAUAUGAGAAAUUCCCUACAGUAUUUACUGCGAAAUGUACAGUGGGUCAGAAGCCGGAAAAUCACACGAAGAAUAGAUUUAAAAACAUCAUGGCCUAUGACCACUCCCGAAUCGCACUGACUCCACUCCCGGAUGAUCCUCAUUCCGAUUACAUCAACGCUAACUAUAUCGACAGUUACAAGAAGAGCAAAGCAUUUAUUGCCGCUCAAGGUCCGAAACCAAACACAGUGAACGACUUCUGGCGAAUGAUCUGGCAGGAACAUACACCACUGAUUGUAAUGGUGACGAACUUGGCAGAAAAUGGCAAGGCGAAAUGUGCUAAAUAUUGGCCUGAUAAAGGCAGUGAACGCUUCGGCAUAGUAUCUGUGACUUUGAAGAAAAAAGAAACUCAUCCUGAUUUCACUGUGCGGACGCUGCUUAUGUCUGUGUCCAAUUCCCCCACAAAGACGGUAAGACAAUUCCAUUUCACUGGCUGGCCUGACCACGGAGUCCCCGUAGACGCUUCAGCGUUGGUGCGGUUCCGAGAGGAGGUCAAAAGUUAUCAGAGAAAGGUGGAAGGUCGGGGUCCCACCAUAGUCCAUUGCAGUGCCGGUGUUGGUAGGACUGGGACUUUCAUCGCUCUGGACUACCUGUUAGACCAAGCUGAGGUUGAAGGGAAGAUCAAUAUAUUCAACCUUGUUCAACAGAUGAGAGGUUCACGUCCGAUGAUGAUACAAACUGAGGAGCAAUACUACUUCGUCCACGACGUCAUGUUAGAGGAGCUGUUCUGUGGAACUACGACAAUUCCUGUACAGGAAUUACAACCAUAUCUACAUCGACUUGAUCAGGUGGACAGUAAAUCCGGCCUGUCAAAAUUAGAGGGAGAGUUUGCUGUCCUUCAAUACAUGUUUGUUGGAUCUGAUGACACAAACAAAGCAGCAUUGGAUCCAGCCAAUGUGAACAAAAACCGUGUCAGGAACAUUACCCCAGCAAACGGAUGCAGACCAUAUCUCUCCACGCCGGUAGAUGGCGGCACUGACUACAUCAAUGCUGUCUUCAUAGAUGGCUACCGCCAGGGUGAUGCCUACAUCGUGACACAGAUGCCUCUACCAGAUACUGUGGUGGACUUCUGGAGAAUGAUGUAUGAUCACAAUUCUGCUACAAUAGUCAUGAUGAAUGAAGGAACCAAGAUGGAUAAGACAGCCGCUGUGUACUGGCCUGAAUCUGGCUCAGCGACAUAUGGACCUUUCACAGUGGAAGUGCUGUCUACAUAUAAGAGUGGGGAUUCUUGUAUUGUAAAGGAAUUUGAGCUGAAAAAUAUAAAACGGACGAAAGAAGAGCCGCGCAAGAUACGCCAAUUCCAGCUCCAAGGGUGGAAGACAUCGGACCCCACGCCGUCCUCAACAGAAGAGCUCUUAGAACUACUAGAUGAAGUACAGCGCUGGCAACAGCAAAGUGGGAACACAACCAUUACUGUGCACUGCAUGAACGGAGCCCACCAGAGCGGCGUUUUCUGUGCCGUGUCCAGAAUAUUAGAGAAGAUGAAAGUGGAACAACAGGUGGACGUGUUUCACACAGUCAAAGCCGUGCGAAUCAACAGACCACAGUUCAUAGACAGUUUGGCCCAGUAUAAAUUUUGCUAUACUGCAGUUGAAGAGUACGCCAGAAGAUUUGACACCUAUGCCAACUUUCAGAUAUAACGGAUAUAUCGGAAUGCAUUGCACAUAUAAUUUACGUUUAUAUAUCAAAUCUGUACGCACAGUGCAUGUAUGUUUGCACGCUAAAAUAUGUUUCUGUACAAACAGGGUUCAUACGCCGGAGGAUUCUGAUAAUUUUGGUCAUUUGGUCAUCGAUCAUGCCCUAAAAGGGACGUCCCUCUUGUUUAUAAACUGGACAAAGUGGGUAGUGAUGGACAGUGCCUUUAUUAUUUCAUGCAUAUUAUAUAUUCAGGAUAUGCCCCAUUUACAUUUCUUGUGUUUUGAUAGAUAAUAAUUUUACUGCUUUAUUUGAUAUAGCUACAUGGUAUACUCAACAUAAUACAAGCACAAGUACUAUAUCCUAUUUUUUGACAUAUAUACUUGGUGUUCGAGUCAUUAGGUAUAGAUUUCCGCCAUGUAAAUGACGUGUAGACAUGAUGACACUUUCAUAAUAUAUCAUCUGGACGUUUGUGGUGCCGACUGUCUGUAGGAAACAAUAUGUAUAAAAUUUAUAUUAUUUAGUAACAAUUGUUCAUUUGUGCGGUAUUGAUAUUGACAAAAAUUAAGGUACGUGUUUGGGAUAUAGCUAAAAAAAGAAAAGAAAGAGAGAAAGAAAAAAUUGAUAUUUACUAAACCCUCAGAGGGUUUAGUAAAUUGAUAUUUACUAAACCCUCUGAGGGGGGUGUUUUAUUAUAGACGAUAUACUGUAGACGUUGAACGACGAAAGACUUCCUGGUUGUAUGGACGGUCAUUUUUUUAGGUAAACCAUUUUUAUUUUCAUAAUAGCCAACUUUAGAGUAUUUAACCAAUAUUUGAGAAUGCUUUAUGCUUGGAAUACAAAUCGUAAUCCUUGGUUGUAGGGAGUCACUUUACCCUAUGUCAUUUAUUUCAAAAUUUGGAUGGGUGACUUGAUAUGACUGUUUGUAAAAUGGUAUUGGUACAUUAUGUAGAUGGUACAAAAAAAACUAUAUAAUAUAAUGCUAUAUAAUGGACAAAAUAGCUCUCUAAUUGUAUUUUCACAGGGUGUUUGACUGUUAAAAAACGUGUACGACACAUAUUUUUGGAUUGAGUAGUAGUAAUAGUAACUUGGCACAAUGGUCCUAAGUAAGUAUUCGUACCCCUUGUACACCUUGUAAUUGGUCAAUAGCAUACUCAUUUAAAAUUACAUCUAUAUUGCCAUUUUUUCAUCCACCCAGGUGGAUGCAUACAUGUACCUGUAGAUACGUUAAAUACAUUUAUCCAGAAUAUAAUUAUAGUUACAUGUAGUUGUACUGUUCGGGUGGUGUUGUGAGUCUCGUGUGGGUUGUUGUGACGUUCGUGUGUGGUGUUGUGACCCUUACACGCUUCCGUAACUCUGGACACUACUUGUUCAAUAUUUAUUUUGCCUGCGAUAUAUUAUCAUUGUCGGUAGUUCGAGAAACGCAUUUACUAAUGAUGUAAAAUAUAUCUGUUUUCU